AUGACCGAUUCCAAGGUUCCCGAUGUUGUGGUGCAGGCCCACGAUAGCCCUAUUGCAAGCGAGAUCGUGGUGCAGGCAUCUCAGCCUGGCAAGCCACCUUCAGCCUUCCCUUCACCAAAAGCUGAUACUUCAGACAACUCUGAUGCUUCAAAUGAUCCCCAGGGCGGUCCGUCGCCUGAAAUUGGCUCUCCCAUACCUUCUGGCAACUUGGACAGCACUGAAAAUGAGAGUCAGGAAGUCAAGUAUGGAAAGGAUAGUUGGCCCAUCCUGCCUCCGAAGUCCCCCUAUAAGGCGUCCAGUGCGCAGGCUAAGCGCUACAACAUUGCAUACAGAAAAGCGGUUGAACUAGCGAUGAUACACGCCAAGCAAAAGGGCAUCGACCUUCCUUCGAAGUUUACGCGUACUUUCAACGACCCUGUGCCCCCUAAUGUGUCCGCGUCUCUUCGCCAAUAUUAUGUGCCCAAACUCCCGGCUUUGGCUCGCGGGCUGAAAUCUCUGGGCUCAGAUGUUUGGGAAUUCAUCCCUGAGGAGGAGCUACAACAGGCAGGAGAUGAUACUUUGGCUGCGGACGAAAUUCCCCACAAGACGCUCUCAAAGAAGCGCAAGAGAAAGGAUGUUCCGAGUGUUCCUGAGUCCUCUCUGCAGUCACCCCCGGUACCGACCCCGACCACCAUUAAAAAGGGCAACGAGUAUAUGCCUUUGGCGAGCCGCAAGAGCCAUCUUUAUGCAGGAGAGCGAUUUGUUCCUUGUAUUCAAUGCGUCAAAAAUGCGGCUGGAGGAAAGAGUCUUGGGGUCUGCAUAGGAACUAAAAAGCAGGGUACUAAGCGCUGCGAGUCUUGCAUCGAAGGAAAUCACAAGUGCGAGGCUGUCCUGCAGGUCAUUUUGCCUUUUGCAGACUUGCUUCUGGGGACGUGUCUGGUGCUUGGUUUGAAGCAUAUUGACAAGGUCCUCAUCAGCAAUGGCACUAUGGAUCGGGCGCGCACAGCUUAG